UUCAUCUGCAUUUCACAAAGUCUCCAUCUUGCGUACACUAUGCAGGUGUAGUACGCAGUGUUCCGCAGAAAUGGAGCUCACAUCAGCCGUUCUUGCCAUUGCGAUGCUGUGCCUCGCACUGCCCCAAGCCGCAUUGUCUAAGACGACGGCACCGGUUGAGACGCCGGCGCCGCGGCAUGUCAACCUCACUGACCUGCUCUCCCUCGCCGGCCCGUACGGCACGUUCCUGGACCACCUCACCAGGACCGACGUGAUCCGGACCUUCCAGAGCCAGGCCAACGUCACCGACCAGGGCGUCACCAUCUUCGCGCCCGAGGACUCGGCGUUCAAGGCCGUCGACGGGGCCGCGCUGGCCAACCUCACCACCGACCAGCUUCGGUCGCUCAUGCUGUGCCACGCGAUGCCCAGGUUCUACCCGCUCUCGGCCUUCUCGGCGCUGGCCGCGUCGAGCCCCGUUCCCACGUUCGCGGGCGGGCAGUGCGCGGUGAACGUCACCGACGCCGCCGGGACGAUCCACGUCGUGUCCAGCUGGGCCAGGGCGAAGCUCGUCAGCAGCGCGUACUCGACGUCGCCGGUCGCCGUGUACUCGCUGGACAGGGUGCUGCUUCCGGAGCAGGUGUUCCCGACCGAGCCGACUGUGGCGCCCGUGCCAGCCCCAGCGCCCGCACCGGCGGCGCACGGGGGCAAUGCCAAUGCGACAGACGGCGCGCCGGCUGCUGCCGAGCAUGGCGCCAAGAGUUUGUCCUGCCGGGUCGGUGCAGGGCGCGUUUUUGUCGGCUACAUGGCUCUCAUGGUUUUCGGGUUUCUGAUGAUGUAGACGGCGAAUUCUUUGUGUUCGUGCGCACGUACGGUGAAUGCUUGUUGCUGUGGGAGGAGUUCGUUUUGUGCGCACGACAGAUACCCAAGCUUGCCAAAUGACGGGAUUAGGUGGUGAAGAACUCCAUCAACACUAAUCAGAUUUCAGGGAGAACCAGCUUUAAUCAUUGGCAAGACCAACGAGGGCACCGAUCAAGAAUCCAAGUGCUAGCUCCCUACCCUUUCCCCAUCCACAAAGCAAGUUUGGUCUGUUUUUACCCGACACCGCGUCAAUAUUGUUUAAUCUCCCCGAAUCUUGCACGCCCCUCAAUCCUAGGAAGCAAAGCGCCAAGCUAGCGCAGGGAAAACCUUGAUCACCACGUUUUUCUAUGUGAUCCAUGGCCGUGAACU